GCGCGGCGAUUGUCAUCCACAGAGUUGCAUAUUGCACGCCAAGUGACCACUUGUGCGCGGUACACACCCGCGAAGCAAAUACUAAACCAUGUUUUAACUGUGUUGAUCUUUUACUGGACGUCGUGGAGCCUACAUAACACACAAUAUUUACCAUCUUGGUACAAGAAAAUAAGUGUGAAAUCUACCACCUCAAGCUUCAAAAUGGCGGGUGUAAUAUCGAGUGCAUUUCGUCUUCACGAUCAAGACAUAGACCACGAUGAAUUCUUCAAAAAGCUUGUUAAACUUGAUGUAAACGACGAACAAGGACUUUCAUCCUUUUUAAACGAGUAUAAAUUCAAGAAGCUUUCCGUAAAAGGACUGAAUCGAGAUUUAAUUUUCGCGGGAAGAGAAGCCACUGCACUGUUCGAUGAUUUUACUCUUGAAAUCUGGAAGAAAUACUAUGUGAACGAGGAAGUGAUUCAAAUAGCUAUUCUACAGGGAACUCUCCCUUUCCCUCUAGAGGGACUAUUUGUUGGUAAAAGUAGUGGUAAACUGUUUGUCUGCAAAGAAUCAGAUGAUUACCAGGAACAACAUAUCACAUGUGUGGGAUACAGCAUGGAGCAUUUUCUCACUGUAGGACCACAGCGCUUGCUGGAAUAUAACAAACCCCAGUGUAUGUUUGAUAACUGUUAUGGAUGCUUUGAUCCUCUGAUUAAGGACAGAGUUCUUGGUUCAAUGGGGCUUCCAACUAAACCUUGAAUUGUAUAGAUGCUUCUCCAUAGCUCUGUCUGUUUUAUAUUAUUCAUUUAGGACCAAAGAUUGAUGUGUAUCAGAACUUUCUUCAGGGGGAUGUGAUAAACAACUAGAACCAACACUGAAGAAAUUCAAAAUAGGUGUUCUAAGACAGCUACAGGUGGGGCUUACACCACCUAUAUAAACCAUCCAUGUAUAGUGUUAUAGAGAUCUAUUAAAAGAACAUAAGUUAUUGGACUUCAUAAAAAUUUAAUUUAUACAAAUGUGAUGAAAAUGAAACACAAGCCCAAAAUGGUUUCUUCACUUGAACUUGCAAAUGAAAUAAAUGUGAUAAGAUUGUUUCUCAAGUCAUUAAAGAUGGGCUGACUGUACUAUAAAUAAAUGUCUAUGAGUUUUUUAGUAAAGGUUUACCUGUCUGUACUAUAAAUAAAUGUCUAUGAGUUUUUUAGUAAAGGUUUACCUGUCUGUACUAUAAAUAAAUGUCUGUUAGUUUGUUAGUAAAGGUUUAACUAAUAAAUUACUUUGCUUUGUUAUGAUA